AAUGGGACAAGCUUGUACAAGUGCUGAUAUAGCUGCUUACACAGAAGAUUUUAGACCUCCUUAUCCUUAUCGAAAUGAAGCUUUAAAAUUUAGUGAAAUGGAAGUUUAUGAACAUACAGGGGAUCCUUAGUUUAAAUUAGUUAGAGCCAAACUCUAUGAUAGUUAUUUCAGGAUUAGAGAUUAACUUGAAUAUUUAGUUAAACGUGAAUAAGAUCCAUUUAACAUAGUGAUUCAUAAGUAUGAUAGUGAUUUUAUAUCAAUCAAUAUGUUCUUUGAUUUUCCAAUAAGAUUGGAAGAUUUUGUAUCAACUAAAUUAACAGUACCUGAAGUGUGGUCAAUGUUAGGAUAUGUAUCAUCAGCUUUAGCUAAGUUGCAAGAAUAGAAACAACAUUAUAACAAUAUCAACCCUAAAGGAAUAUUCAGAGUCUAUACAAUUGAAUAAUAGUAUGUAUAUAAAUUAGCAGAUCCUUUUCUAUUUCAUAAUUAAAUAAUGAGAAACUUUUAUAGUCCCAUCAUGUAUUAUAAAACUCAUCCAGAACACGAUCUAUUUAAAUCAGAUACAUUUUCUUUAGGAUUAGUUUGUCUAUAUUCUUUGGGAUUUAAGAAAACUGAAAUAUUAUAUAAAUAAGAUCGAUUUGAUUUUGAAUUGUUAGAUGAAAUAAUAACUAGAUUUAAAUUACCUUUAUAUUUUGAUAGAUUACUUCGAUCAAUGUUAGAAGAAGAAGAAUAUGGGAGACCAGAUCCAAUUCAAUUAUCAAUCUCUGUAAGUAAUUAUACUAAGGCUUAUAAAUUACCUGAAUUAAAGACAGUUAUGGUAGUAUAUAAUAAAUAAAUUUUAAAAACAGCAUAAUCUCCUGAUGCAACAGAAUCAAUAAUAGAUAUAAGGACACCAGAAAAUAAAAUAUUAGAAUUGCCAAAAGCUUUGAAGGUUGAAAUAUUAUAAGGUCAUUUGCCUUAUACAAAUGGAUGUUAUUAUGUAGGUUCAUAUAAUGGGAAAACUAAAAAGAGAGAAGGGAGAGGUAUCUUCUUUUCUAAGGAUGGUCUUAAAUUGAUAGAAGGGACAUUUCUGAAUGAUCUUCCUGAAGGAGAUGAUAUAGAGAUGUGGAGAGAAGAUGCUUAAGAUGAUACAACUCACGUAGAUUUAUCAAAUUGGGAAUACUUUAAGGGUUAAGUUGCUUAAGGAAUGAAAUAAGGGAAAGGAGAAUUAAGAUUUAAGAAUCAAAAUUACUUUAGAGGAACAUUUAUUGAUGAUUAAGUUUGUGGAUCUGGAAUAUAUUAUUAUUAAAGUCAUUGCAUUGAAGGCAUUUGGAUGAAUGAUAAAUUUAUAGCAGAACAUUAUUGA